AUGAAGGCUGCUGCUGUUGAUGAGUGCGACUGUGAUAAGUUAGACUUUGCAGCUGCCAGGGCUCAGAACAAAGAAGGUCUGGACCAGUUUGUCCAGGACCGCACCGUCAUUGCUGCCCUCAAUGACCGCCUGGUCAGGCUGAUUGAGCUGGCCCGUUGUUUUGAGGACGACAAUGAGUCUCUUGAAUGUCAGAUCACUGAGUUGGAGGAAGAGCUGAACAAUCGCCAGGCCUCUUCCAGCAUCACUUCCACUGUGGCGGUGCCCGACCACAGCCUGGACGCUGUGGUGGAAAGACUGGGCAAGCAGAGGGAUGAGAUUCUGAAAGACACACAGGAGCUGCAGAAAGAGCUCAAGCUCCUGAAGAAAGACUAUGAGAAGGCGUCGCAGCAGAGGAUCUUCUUCCGGCAGGAACAACAAGAUGUGGCUGAGGAAGUGGAUGCUGUGACAGCAGAGUGUUUGGCUCUGAGGGAGCAAGUGACUAUCUACGAGGAGCAGCUGGCCAGCAUGGAGACCCUGCACAGGACGACAGUGGAGGAUAUGCUGGAGCCCAACGAAGGGAUCACCCGGGCAGCAGUGAUUAAAUUUGGCAGCCCUGACAUUGCUCCGGCUUUGGAUGUAAAAAAGUACUACUGCCAACUGGCUGAGACACUCCAGUAUGAGUGCGGUGCAGCCUCCUCUGCUGUGGUCCACAGUGGUGACGGAAAGGAAGUGGAAGUGGGAGGAACUGGAGGGUCAACGGUCAAAGACUUGACAAAGAUAAAGGACGUCGGUGAGAUAAAGAUGCUGAUUUCAGAGCUACAAAAGGAGCUUGCUGAGCUCGAGAAGCAUAACGAGGAAUUGGAGGACGAGGUUGAAAUGAAGAAGGCUGCAUACAUGGAUGAGAUUGCUGAUCUAGAGGCGACUAUAGAUGAAAUGAAGUGUCAGAAGGCCAAUUUCCAAGAACAGAUGAAGGAGCAGUGUGAAGACUAUAAGUUUCUGCUCACUCAGAAGAUGGCCAGAGACAUGGAAAUUGCUGCUUACAGGAGUCUAGUGGAGGAAGAGGAGGAGAGACUGUGCAGCCUGUGACUUAAGCCUGAGCAGUCAGAUCUGCUGUCCUGACUGUGGUUGUGCUCCCCAACACAGACAAAAGACAAACGCGUAAAAACAGACCCCAUUUCUGCACUUCGAUGAAGCUUAACGCAACGAUUCGGCAUUUUGAGCAGACGUAAACUUAGUAUGACAGAUUAAUGCUGUCUGGAGGCCUACAGUAAGCCGGGCCAUUGAUUACAGGUUUCUGGCAGAUGACCCUGAUACUCCAAGAAAGAUGGAGCUGUCUAAAACUGGUGGGGGCUGUGGGAUGAGUGUGUAUCCGUGCAGCGUCUGGAAGGGAUAUUUCGUUAAGUGGGGCUUUAUCUUUACCAGUUCUCUGAUAUGACUCAUAAAUGCUUUGUCCCCUCUUUGUUGAACAAGACUGACACGCAAUCGCAGAUAAACACACACACACACACACGCACACACCCUCAACUGUGCGGCUCCGCGGAGUCAUUCCCGCUCUGAUAUCACCUCGUCCAUCACUCAGCCUCUGUCUGGCUCUUAACCUGCGACCCCGUCACUGUUAACAAAGACAAUGACGGCUCUCUCUUCUUUAACUAAAAGCGUUUCGCCUUCCCUUUGCUUUUUCAGCCAUACAUUUGAGUUGGUUUUGACGGCCGAGA